UUUCAAGUGUUUUUUAACGCGGACGGCCGCCAUUAUCCAUUUGAGCGAGAGCGCCAGUCCCAUGUCUUCCACUCUGCUCCAGUCCGUCACCAUCUUCGCUCCCAGCAGUCGCCUCUACCGCUUCAAUCUCUCGCCACCCUUUGGCUUGUUCUCUCGUCCUGACCAGGCGAUACACUUCUGCCGAAAAACAGAAAGAACCCGGGACGACCCCGGAUUCUGCAUUCGCUGCUCAAGCUCUAGAGCCUCUCGCGCGUACGGUGGACUGACCGAGGAGGAAGCGGCGGCGGCGGCGGCAGCCUCGUUCUUCGGAGCCAAUGACUUGGUCGAGGAGGAGGAGAGCGAGGACGAAGAGGAAGAAGAAGAUGAUCACACGGAAAGCAGUCUGGAUCUGUUGAUCAGGUUCUUCCAGAGCAUGUUUGGGAAGGUCGCACGGCGAGCUAAGAAGGCCUCUCGCUCUGUCUUGCCACCAGCAAUACCGCCGCAGCUGGUAUCUUUUGCUGUUGAUGGGAUCCUUCUACUCGCUUCACUUUCUGUCCUCAAAGCACUCCUCGAGGUAGCUUGCAGCCUUGGUGGGACAGUCUUUGCGGUGAUCCUCCUUGUCCGAGUUAUCUGGGCUACUACUUCAUAUUUCCAAUCAAAUGGGAGUAGCUUUAAUCAAGGGGGGAACACCUUCGGUACAGGGCAGCCUGCAAUAUGACCUUGCCAGUUAGGUUGGGUUUAUAGCUUGUAAAUAUUACAUAGCAGUGCACUUUGCUUGUACACGACAUCCAUGACCUUCUAAUCCUGAGGGUCAGAUCUUCAGUGAAUACACCUCCCUGCAAGAGAUCAAACAACUUGAAUUUCCAUGA